AUGAAGGCAUCGCGCAGUAAAGACUUUGCUUACGCGAUGACUCCGUUGAAGAUCCUGUCGUGGCCGGUUGGAACCUGGCCUCUUCAAAAUUACGAUAUCUUCUCUGCUACGCGUGCGAUAAUCGCAAUUUCACUUUUGCUAUUAAUGUUAACCAUCCUGCAUAUUGAAAUGUAUUUGGAUAGCAGCGAUGCCGAGAAGAAUCUAGAUGGUCUAGCAUUAAUUACUUGCGGUAUUUUGGCGGUAUCAAAGGUCAUCCGUUUUCGUAUUCGGCCGGGUGGUCUUAUCUCGAAUUUUACUUCGGCGGUUAAGGAUUAUGACGAACUGAGAGAUCAAGAGAAACGAGUGAUAGUGCGAAGACACGCUUACAUGGCCAGACUGGCGUGCGGCAGUGUGAUAUCUUUCGCGUAUUUCACCUCGACCAUUAUGAUGACUCUGCCUAUGCUGGUUGGAGAAGAAGAGGAAGAUACUGUUAACGUGACAGAAGAAAGUACACCAGGCUACCCUAUACCUUCCGAGUAUGUAAUGGAAAUUAUACAAUUGCCGGACAAUUUGUAUUUCAUCGUUUUUAUCGUCGAGUACUUGAUGCUGAUAUUCCUGAGUACUGGAAAUCUAGGGAGCGAUUCGUUGUUCUUCGGUAUCAUUUUUCACCUGUGCGGGCAGGUAGAAAUUCUGAGGCUUGAGUUCAAUAGGUUGAAUAACGAAAACGAAAAAGCAAUGGAACAUUUCAUCUCAUUAACCAAGAGGCAUAUUUACUUGCUGAAGUUAGCCAAAAUGCUGAGCGAGACGAUAAGCUCCAUCCUGGCUAUGCAACUAUUUUCGAGUUGUAUACUUAUUUGUACAAGCGGACUUCAAUUUAUUAUCGCUCUGAAAAUUGGAAACAUCGCCAUGACAGUAAAAACAUUUAUAGUAUCGAGCACGUUACUGCUGCAAUUAUUUGCAUACAGCUACGUGGGCGAAUACUUAAAGCGUCAGAUGGAAGGCGUCGGUAACUCGGUGUAUUUCUGUAGCUGGUACAACAUACCGAAAUGUGUGGCAAAAGAUAUUAUUUAUAUCAUUAUGAGAGGUCAAGACCCAGUUUUCCUGAGGGCUGGAAAAUUCUUUGUUGUUAAUAUGGAAACAUACAUGAGUAUUAUAAAAACUUCUAUGUCGUAUCUCUCAGUUCUACGGGUAAUGGUAAAUGCUUGAGGCCUUGUA